AUGGAGCAGAUCAAGGGUAAGUCGUGGCUUUUACUUUCGUAUGGGUUUCAGAAGAGGCCAAGACAGACUGGAAGAGUAUCUAUGUGGUCACCUUGGUCGCGUUCAUUGGUUCUGUCCACACACACUGCAUUGCUCCGGGGAUAUGGCCUUACAUGAAGAUGAUGGAGCCAGGAGUUUCAGAGAACUUUUAUGGAUUACUUCAUUCGGUGGCUAGUUUCGGAACGGUGUUUACAGCGUUGAUUGCUGGUUAUGUGAGCAAUGUGAAGAAAGACACAAAGUAAUUAAUUUUUUGCUUUUUAAUUUGUAUAAAAUCUAAAAAAAAUUUACAAAUUCAUCGUAAAUUUUAAAAAUUUUGUUAAUUUUUGAUAAGGAUCGGUCAUGUUUUAGAAGUUUAGCUAAAGUAAAAGCAUAAAUGAUUACAUGCUCAUAGUUGAUUUCACAUAACUUUAGAGCUCCAAUGGUGUUUGGCAAAGUAAUGGCAAUCUUUUCUUGUAUAUUAUACUUGAUGAUUGAGUUGAUGAACAGACAUGAAAGGCUAGGAAUGUUUCUGCUCUUCGAAUUACUUCUUGGCAUAUCUGGCGGAGCUGCUCAGAUAUAUCGUACUCACAUUGCUAUGGCCAGUACAGAGAAAGACAGACCUCGUGCUGUUGGAAUUUCUUCUUUGGCACCAGCUAUAGGCCUAUUCAUUGGUCCUGUUGGGCAAGUACUGUUUACCCUUAUUGGUUACCCUGGUAUUCCUAUCUUCGGAGUACACCUGAACUUGUACACUGCCCCUAUUUGGAUGACGAUCGUUAUUUCCGUGAUCGGACUGUAUCUUUUGGUUAAACAUUUUAACGGGAAAAUGGAUCAGCUGGGAGCGAUUAACAAAGGUAUACCUUUAAUUUGUUUUUGUUCGUCCAUGUGUGAGCGCACACAUUGUAAGACAAGUGCGAAAAACCGUUAACUUUUAUAUAACAUAAAUUAGGUAUCAAAAAGGAAAGGUUGUAUAAAUAAUAUAUUUAGAAGUGGACGAGAAAAGAGAUUACGAUGUGACAGCAGUAAUCGUAUGUCUUGUCACGAAGAUGUUGGUCAGCUUGUGUACCUUUAACUUCAUGACCAUUGGUCCUCCAUACACAAUGACAGUAUUCCAGUGGACACCCGCUGAAUCAGUACUGUACUUAUCAGUAUGCAUGGGUUUGGUUGGGCUUAAUAUAUGCUUCUGGAAUGGCGCAUAUGUGUUCUUUAACCUGCGAAAAAGAAUAUCAGAACGUCGUGCUAUCAUCUUCUCCAUUUCCAUGCUACUCUUGGCUUACCUACUGACUUAUCCAUGGUCAUUUUUAAAAGCUACCAUACCGUAUGCAAAUGUGACAUCGUCUGUGGAAAGCGUAUUGCAUAUGCAAGUAGGUAUGGAUCUCGAUGAUGUUGAUGUACCCGGGUCUACCGGUUGUAACCCUGCCUUCGCAUGGUGUGCUGAGACUCCAGCUGUUAAUAUGUACGUGUUCCUAGGCUCUCUUAUUGUCGUGUUGGGCUUUGCCUUACCUUUGUGUUUAAUCAACCUGGACAUAUUAUUCUCGAAGAUAUUGGGAAACAUCAGGUAUGUCUUGCAAGUCGGAUAUCUCCGCGAUAUUAACUUUAUUAUCCGUAGCCUUUUUCAGUAGAUUUUAACUGAUUAUCCAUAGUUUUUGUAGCUGUAUUAGCUUUUCUCACGAUAGAUAAGGUUCAUUUUGUACGUUGUAGUUGUAAUGCCACCCCCAAGUAUUAAGUUUUAAUCAUCCCAUGCUUAAUCCUGUUUAUCAAGGACACUGAAGACGCAAAUCGUUUACGGUGGAAAUUAUAGUAGAUAUAAAUAUUUACACCUUGAAUACCAGAUUGAGGGGCUAGUUACUUGUUUCAUACAACUUUAAUUUCAUUUUUAAUCUACUAAUUUUAGACAAGGCACCAUGCAAGGGGUCUUUAUAGUUUCUGGAGAAUGUCUUAACGUCAUCGGACCCAUCGCUUUGACUAGGUUGUACACAUGGAAGGGACCCAAACCCAUCUGGCAGUUCGAAGUCAUCUUCAUUUUGUUAUGUUUUCUGUUGUGGAUUAUCUUCUACAAACGUAUGAUCGGUCACUCGAAACGAGUCGCAACAAUGUCGCAGAUGUCUGAAUUCGCGUGUUAA